CAAGGGUUCAUGGGUAGCGUAUUUACAAAGGAGCCUCUCCGCCAGCCCGUGCCACCGCUGCUAAUGAGAGCGGUCAUUAAGUAAAUGAGACGUCGCCUUUAGCUGGCUUAGGAGUCGCACACUAAGGGGAGAAGAUAUUUAAUUGAAACCCGCACACAGGCUUCCCCACAUGUGACCGCUGUAAGGGAGGCAGCUGCCUCCCCUCUCCUCCCCCGUCCACCCUGCACCCCCCAUGUAAAUUUCAUGAUUGCUUUCCGUGAUGUCAUUUUGAAGGAGGACAGACAAUAGCUGUGGGGAAAGAAAAUGAGUUCCGGGGUGAGCUGCUGAGUCAGAGGUGGACACAAGGAGACAAAGCCAGCAACUGCAGGACCUCGAGGCUCCUCCUGGGCAGACGCGGCAAGAUGAGCUUAGAAAAUGAGGAUAAGCGGGCUCGCACGCGCUCCAAGGCCCCCCGAGUGCCCCCAGAGCCCACAGGUGCCGACCUCAGCUGCCCCACCCCAGGAUGUACUGGCUCAGGACACAUCCGGGGCAAGUACUCCAGGCACCGCAGUUUGCAGAGCUGCCCCCUGGCCAAGAAGAGGAAGCUGGAGGGGGCCCAGGCCGAGCACCUGGCAUCCACGCGGAAGUCCCACCCCCUGAAGCUGGCUCUGGACGAGGGUUACAGCGUGGACACCGAUGGCAGCGAGGACGCCGAGGUGAAGGACGCCUCUGUUUCAGAUGAAUCGGAAGGAACUCUGGAGGACGAGGCUGAAAUGUCAGGACAGGAGGAGAUUCAUCGUCCUGAGCCAGCUGAAGGAAGGGCCCCUGCCAAGUCCCACUUCGGACCCAAGCCCAUCGGCAGCUCCGCGGGCCCCGCCAAGGGCAGCUACAGCAGCUACCAGGAGAUCAUCGCCACUUCUCUCCUAAACUUGGGCCAAAUUGCUGUAGAGACCCUAGUUGGGGAGGACUUGGGCCAGGUGGCCAAGCCGGGCCCAGGUGUUGUGCACCUGGUUCAGGAGGAGGCCGAGGAAGGGGCCACCAGUGACGAGGGGGAGAGGGACACGUUCCUCCCCCUGGAGGAUGCGGAGGGAGUCGCGGGAGUCGUCAGGGAGCGCUCCCAGGAGCUCUGUCCCCAGGCCGUGGAGGGUGUGGCCAGUGAGGAGUCCCGCAAGAUGAAAGUCGCCCUGGGUGAGGAGGAGGAGGAGGAGGAGGAAGAGGAGGAAGAGGAGGAAGAGGAGGAAGAGGAGGAAGAGGAGGAGGAGGAGGUAGCCGCUCCUGAGGUCAUCUGCCAGGAGGACGCCCCCCUCGCCCCCACCCAGAAGGCCCCCGAACUGCGGCAUCCGGCCUCUCCCAGCCCCAAGCCCGAGUACUCUGUCAUAGUGGAGGUGCACUCUGAUGACGGCAGGGACGAAGACGCGCGCUCCCAGAAGUCUGCGGUCACGGACGAGUCGGAGAUGUACGACAUGAUGACGCGUGGGAACCUGGGCCUCCUGGAGCAGGCUAUUGCCCUGAAGGCUGAGCAGGUACAAGCUGUCUGCGAGCCGGGCUGCCCACCCACUGAGCAGGGCCAGCUGGGCCCCGGUGAGCCUGGGAAGGCGGUGAGGCCCCUGGAUGCUGCCCGGAAGAACUACUGCAGCAAAGAUCCCUCAAGAGCUGAGAAGCGCGAGAUCAAGUGUCCAACACCAGGCUGUGACGGCACUGGCCACGUUACAGGGUUGUACCCUCACCACCGAAGCCUGUCUGGUUGCCCCCACAAGGACAGGAUCCCCCCGGAGAUCUUGGCUAUGCAUGAGAAUGUGCUCAAGUGCCCGACUCCUGGCUGUACUGGCCAAGGCCAUGUGAAUAGCAACCGCAACACACACAGAAGUUUGUCUGGGUGUCCCAUUGCUGCUGCUGAAAAAUUAGCCAAAUCUCAUGAGAAGCAACAGCCUCAAGCGGGAGAUCCUUCCAAGAAUAGCUCCAAUUCAGACAGGAUCCUCAGGCCUAUGUGCUUCGUGAAGCAGCUUGAAGUCCCUCCGUAUGGAAGCUACCACCCUAGUGUGGCCCCUGCCACACCCAGGGCCAACCUGGCCAAGGAGCUGGAGAAGUUCUCCAAGGUCACCUUUGACUACGCAAGUUUUGACGCUCAGGUUUUUGGCAAACGCAUGCUUGCCCCAAAGAUUCAGACCAGCGAAACCUCACCUAAAGCCUUUAAAUGCUUCGACUACGCGCAUGAUGCCGAGGCUGCACACAUGGCUGCCACAGCCAUCCUGAACCUCUCCACGCGCUGCUGGGAAAUGCCCGAGAACCUCAGCACGAAGCCACAGGACCUGCCCAGCAAGGCUGUGGACAUUGAGGUGGAUGAGAACGGAACCCUAGACCUGAGCAUGCACAAACACCGCAAGCGAGAAAGCGCUUUCCCCAGCAGCAGCAGCCCUGGUGUGAAGUCUCCCGAAGCCUCCCAGCGCCAGAGCAGUACCAGCGCCCCAAGCAGCUCCAUGACCUCGCCCCAGUCCAGCCAGGCUUCCCGCCAGGACGCGUGGGAUCGACCUCUGGACUACACCAAACCCAGCCGCCAACGAGAGGAGGAGCCCGAGGAGUCAGAGCCAGCAGCCCAUUCUUUUGCUUCUUCUGAAGCAGAUGACCAGGAAGUGUCGGAAGAGAGUUUUGAGGAGCGGAAGUAUCCUGGGGAAGUUACCCUGACCAACUUUAAGAUGAAGUUUCUCUCCAAGGACAUAAAGAAGGAGCUGCUCACCUGCCCCACCCCUGGCUGUGAUGGCAGUGGCCACAUCACCGGGAACUAUGCCUCUCACCGCAGCCUCUCUGGUUGCCCUCUUGCUGACAAGAGCCUCAGAAACCUCAUGGCUGCCCAUUCUGCUGACCUCAAGUGCCCCACACCCGGCUGUGACGGCUCUGGCCACAUAACGGGGAACUACGCCUCACACCGAAGCUUGUCAGGCUGCCCUCGUGCCAAGAAAAGUGGAGCCAGGGUGACACCCACCAAGGACGACAAGGAAGACCCCGAGCUGAUGAAGUGCCCUGUUCCAGGCUGUGUGGGGCUUGGUCACAUCAGUGGCAAAUACGCCUCCCACCGAAGUGCAUCUGGCUGCCCACUGGCCGCACGGAGGCAGAAAGAGGGUUCCCUUAAUGGCUCACCCUUUUCCUGGAAAUCUCUGAAGAACGAGGGGCCUACCUGCCCCACUCCAGGCUGUGAUGGCUCUGGCCACGCCAACGGUAGCUUCCUCACUCACAGGAGCUUAUCCGGCUGUCCCAGAGCAACCUUUGCCGGGAAGAAGGGAAAAGUCUCAGGGGAUGAGGUUCUCAGCACGAAGUUCAAGACGAGUGAUGUAUUGGAGAAUGAUGAGGAGAUCAAGCAGCUGAACCAGGAGAUUCGCGACCUGAAUGAGUCCAACUCUGAGAUGGAGGCCGCCAUGGUGCAGCUGCAGUCCCAGAUCUCCUCCAUGGAGAAGAGCCUAAAGAACAUCGAGGAGGAGAACAAGCUCAUCGAGGAGCAGAAUGAAGCCCUGUUUCUGGAGCUGUCGGGCCUGAGCCAGGCCCUCAUCCAAAGUCUUGCCAACAUCCGCCUUCCGCACAUGGAGCCAAUAUGUGAGCAGAAUUUUGAUGCCUACGUGAGCACCCUCACUGACAUGUAUUCCAACCAGGAGUGCUACCAGAACCCCGAGAACAAGGACCUCCUGGAGAGCAUCAAACGGGCUGUGAGGGGCAUCCAGGUCUAGACCUCAUCAUCCAGAAGCCACCCUGCCAUUCGGGACACCUGGGGCACCCUGACUUGGCUCCAUCGUUUACCUCCCUUGCCCUGCCCCCGCAGUGGAGAUUCCCAACUUGCAGUGACUAGUUGGCAGCCCAGGGCGGCCUCAGGUGGGCUUAUCCAAAGGGGUGCCUGGAAAUCCGUGUCUUUCUUGUUGCGCUUGCCAGGCUGGAGGUCUCGACCUCCACACACAAGUGCAGGGCAAGGCAUGGCGUAUUACAAAGUGAUUUAUUUUUGUUUUUUGAAAGAAAUCUGAAGAGCAGCUCAAAGUCUCCAGUGGAAGCUCAUGGACAAGGUUCUCAGGGAAGUUUUGGAGUUUGCAACCACA